UCUAGGUAAAUAGGUAUCGUGUCUGAGUUUGUGGUUCUAUGUAAUAUUUGUGAUUGAUAAGUGUUUUUGUGUUUUAAACACAAGUUGUCAUAAACUAGUUUUGGUAUUUGGUAUUGAGCUAUUAAAUUUUACAUAACAGUACAGCGAAAUGUUCAUCAUUUGGAGUAUAUUUUGAUCCCUAAUAGUUCAAGAUACAAUUCGCUUUUAUCUUACAGCCGCUGAGAAAUGGAUAUUGGCGAGCUCCUGAAUUACAAACCGGCGGUAACGCCGAAACGACCCUUGACAGGAGAUCGUUCAAUACCUGAUGAAGAAGGCACUGAUUAUGAGAGUAAACGUAAACAGCGAAGAAUUGAAAAGAUAAGGGAAGCCGAAGAAGCUAGAUACAGAGAGCAUAUAUUACGCGAAGAACGCCAGCAAGACAUUAAAAUUAAGCAGGAAAGCGAAGAAGAAAAAACCAACGAAGUUAUUCAACAAAUAUUAGAAGAAGAAUCGACAGAAAGCGAUGUUAUCGACGAAUUUACUCUCAAAAAGAUGGUACUUCUAUUUGAAAAGCGUACUUUGAAAAAUCAAGAAAUGCGGAUUAAAUUUGUAGACACUCCCGAGAAAUUUAUGGAAUCAGAAAUUGAACUUCACGAAGCCGUACAAGAACUUCAUGCUUUAGCUACAGUUCCUGAUUUAUACCCCAUUCUUGUCCAAUUACAAGCAAUUCCUUCGCUUUUAGAUUUACUAUCGCAUGAGAAUACGGACAUAUCGGUAGCCGUUGUAGAUUUAUUACAGGAAUUAACUGACGUUGAUAUAAUGCACGAAAGCACAGAAGGUGCGAAUUGUCUAAUCGAGGCUCUAUUUAAAAAUGAAAUUUGCGCUUUACUUGUUCAAAAUUUGGAAAGACUCGACGAAUCGGUCAAAGAAGAAAGCGACGGAGUUCAUAAAUCUUUAGCGAUUUUCGAAAAUUUGAUAGAAUUCGUUCCAGAAAAGGUACCGGAAAUAGGAAAACAAGGUUUAAUGACCUGGCUGUUGAAACGACUCAAGGCAAAAAUACCUUUCGACCAAAAUAAAUUAUACGCUAGUGAAAUUCUUUCAAUUUUGCUCCAACAGUCGAAAGAAAAUAGAGAACUGUUUGGAGAUGCGGACGGAGUCGAUAUAAUUUUACAACAGUUGGCGUUUUUCAAGAGACACGAUCCUGGUUCGAGCGAAGAAGAAGAAAUGAUGGAAAAUUUAUUCAAUAGUUUAUGCGCUAGUUUGAUAGAAAAACAAAAUCGUGAUAAAUUUUUGAAAGGAGAAGGAUUGCAACUGAUGAAUUUGAUGCUGAGAGAGAAAAAACUCAGCAGAAAUGGAUCUUUGAAAGUAUUAAAUCAUUCGAUGUCCGGUCAACACGGAGGUGACAACUGCACCAAGUUUGUCGACAUUCUUGGACUUCGAACAAUUUUUCCUUUGUUCAUGAAAACUCCGAAGAAAAAUAAGAAACGCACCAUUACCGUAGAAGAACACGAAGAACAUGUUUUAUCCAUCAUAGCCAGUUUAUUGAGACAUUGUCGUGGAACUCAACGGCAACGAUUAAUGAACAAAUUCACCGAAAAUGAUCAUGAAAAAGUAGAUCGUUUAUUAGAACUGCAUUUUAAAUAUUUAGAUAAAGUCGAACUAAUUGAUAGAGAAGUCGAAAGAAUGGCGAGAGAUGAAGAUACAACUGAAGAAGACUUUGAAAAUGAAAUUUACUUCAGACGAUUGGACGGUGGUUUGUAUACUUUACAGUUGAUCGAUUACAUUAUAUUGGACAUCUGUACUGUCGGCCCGGCUUCCAUUAAACAACGUGCUAUUCAAAUUUUGAAUUUGAAAGGAGGAUCUUUGAAAACUAUCAGACAGAUAAUGAGAGAAUAUGCUGGAAAUAUUGGGGAAACUGGCAGCGCAGAAUGGCAAGCCGAAGAAAGAGAGCACGUGUUGCAGUUGAUCGAUAAAUUCUAACUAAGGAAAGCAUUUUUAUACUUCCGAUAUAAUCUGAGAACCACUCGAAUCGAGUGAAUGAGUUCAUCUUGUAAAUUUGAUAAUCUUUUAUUUUUCGUGUAAUUACAUAUUAAAAUACAGUUGUUCCAACACUGGGAAA